UCCAACAAUGGGCAGCCUUGAGUUACGGGAGUUGAAACUGUGUGUCUUCCUGCUCUCCCCAAAUCACAGAAGAGAACCCCACAUUCUGGAGCAAGUGCUGCAAAGCGGAAGGAACAAGCAGGAUAGACAUUUUGCAGCUGAGAAGAUGGGAAACUCAGUGAAACUGAAAAGAGAAAAGGGUGUAAAUGUGAGCCCGUUUGCACCGAGAGGGCCCCCCGCCGCCAGAGGAGGCGAUGCGGAGCGCCGACCCCAGCCCCGGCGACGGCGCUUGUGGAAGGACGGACGGCAGCCCCCCUUGACGCGCGCCGCUGAGCAGCCCUGCGAAAUGCCAAACUUUGCGGCCGCCUCGUCUACCGUUUCUCACGACCCCGGGCAUGGUGCUGGUCAAGAUGGCAUGCGUGUGCUGGAAUUUGCUGGUGCUCCACGCGUUUCUGGCGGACCUGGCCCUGGUCCACGGGGCGGAGAGAAGUUCCCCCAUCCUGAACGUCGCGGUGAUUUUGGGGAGGAUCCCGAGCGUCACGGAAAGAGACGUCCGUGCUCUCAGCAGCCGGGAUGUGGCAGGGGGGCUCCCCACUGACGUUAACGUGGUGCCCCUCCUAAUCAACCAGACCGACCCCAAGAGCAUCAUCACCCACAUCUGUGACUUGAUCUCGGGCACCAAGAUCCACGGGGUGGUUUUCGGAGACGACAGCGGCCAGGAGGCUGUGGCCCAGAUCCUGGAUUUUAUCUCCUCCCAGACUCUGAUCCCCAUCCUGGGCAUUCACGGCGGCUCCUCCAUGAUCAUGGCAGAGAAGGAUGAGAUGUCGACCUUUUUCCAGUUUGGGGCGUCCAUCCAACAGGAGGCCAUCAUCAUGUUGAAAUUCAUGCAGUACUACGACUGGCAUAUAUUCUCUGUGGUGACCAGCAUUUUCCCUGGCUACCGGGACUUCAUUAGCUUCGUCAAGUACACCGUGGAGAACAGUUUUGUGGGCUGGGACAUGCAAAAUGUGGUCACCCUUGAUGCGGCCAUUGGAGAUGCCAAGUCCACCAUUCAGCUGAAGAAGAUUCACUCUUCGGUCAUCCUGCUCUACUGCUCCACGGACGAGGCCACCUACAUCCUGGACGAAGCCCGGUCCUUGGGCUUGACAGGCUAUGACUUUUUCUGGAUUGUCCCCAGCUUGGUCCGUGGAAAUAUAGAAACCCCACCCAACAAUUUUCCGGCGGGGCUAAUUUCAGUGGCCUAUGAUGGGUGGGACUACAGUUUGGAUGCUCGGAUCCGGGACGGCCUUGGGAUUAUUACAACGGCUGCUGCAACCAUGCUGGAGAAAUAUUCCUUCAUCCCUGAGGCCAAGACCAGUUGCUAUGGGCAGUCGGAGUACAAUGAACGGCCAUCUCACAUGCUUCACAAGUUUAUGAUGAACGUGACUUGGAAAGGCAGAGACUUAUCCUUCACCACAGAUGGCUACCAAGCCCAGCCGCGGCUCGUGGUCUCCGUCUUAAAUGAGAGCCGGGUCUGGGAGAAGGUGGGCGAAUGGGAGAACCAGACGCUGACCCAUAAAUACUCGGUGUGGCCCCGGUUCAACUCUUUCAACGACAGCGACCCGGACCACAACCACCUCAGCAUCGUCACCCUGGAGGAGGCUCCCUUCGUCAUUGUGGAGGACAUGGACCCCUUGACGGAGACCUGUGUGAAGAACACGGUGCCCUGCCGGAAAUUCGUUGUCAUCAACAACAUCACCAAAGAAGGAAAGAACCUGAAGAAAUGUUGCAAAGGGUUUUGCAUCGACAUCCUGAAGAAGCUCUCAAGGACCAUCAAGUUCACCUACGACCUCUAUCUUGUGAUCAACGGGAAGCAUGGGAAGAAAAUCAAUAACGAGUGGAAUGGGAUGAUUGGGGAGGUGGUCAAGAAGCAAGCCGUGAUGGCUGUUGGGUCCCUCACCAUCAAUGGAGAGCGCUCAGAGGUGGUCGAUUUUUCGGUGCCCUUUGUGGAAACUGGGAUUAGCGUCAUGGUCUCGCGGAGUAACGGCACAGUUUCUCCAUCUGCUUUUUUAGAGCCCUUCAGCGCCUCGGUCUGGGUGAUGAUGUUUGUCAUGCUGCUGGUCGUGUCGGCCAUCGCCGUCUUUAUCUUCGAGUACUUCAGCCCGGUGGGCUACAACCGCAACCUGGCCCAGGGGAAAGAUGCUCACGGGCCCUCCUUCACCAUCGGGAAGGCCGUGUGGCUCCUUUGGGGCCUGGUGUUCAACAACUCCGUGCCGGUGCAGAACCCGAAAGGCACCACCAGCAAAAUCAUGGUCUCCGUCUGGGCCUUCUUCGCGGUCAUCUUCUUGGCCAGCUACACAGCCAAUCUGGCUGCCUUCAUGAUCCAGGAAGAGUUUGUGGACCAAGUCACGGGGCUGAGCGAUAAGAAGUUCCAGCAGCCCUACGCCUACUCCCCUCCUUUCCGGUUCGGGACUGUCCCCAACGGCAGCACCGAGAGGAACAUCCGCAACAACUACAAGGAGAUGCACACUUACAUGGUGAAGUACAACCAGAAGGGAGUGGAGGACGCCUUGGUCAGCUUGAAAACUGGGAAGCUGGAUGCUUUCAUCUACGACGCGGCAGUGCUGAACUACAAGGCCGGGCGGGACGAAGGCUGCAAGCUGGUAACCAUUGGCAGCGGCUACAUCUUUGCCACCACGGGCUAUGGCAUCGCUCUGCAGAAGGGGUCACCCUGGAAGAGGGCCAUCGACCUGGCUCUGCUGCAGUUUGUGGGAGACGGGGAAAUGGAAGAGUUGGAAACCCUCUGGCUGACCGGCAUUUGCCACAACGAGAAGAACGAGGUCAUGAGCAGCCAGCUGGACAUCGACAACAUGGCGGGCGUGUUUUAUAUGCUGGCCGCCGCCAUGGCGCUCAGCCUGAUCACCUUCAUCUGGGAGCAUCUGUUUUACUGGAAACUCCGGUUCUGCUUCACUGGGAUGUGCUCCGACCGGCCGGGGCUGCUGUUUUCCAUCAGCAGGGGUAUCUACAGUUGCAUCCAUGGGGUCCACAUUGAGGAGAAGAAAAAGUCUCCCCACUUCACCCUGACCAGUUCUCAGACCAACAUGUUGAAGCUCCUGCAGACGGCCAAGAAUAUGACCAACGUGAACCCCGGGCGGAUCAAUUCCCCGCAAAGAGCAGCUGAAUUCAUCCGCCGUGGAUCGUUGAUGAUGGACCUGAUGAUGGAAAAGGGCAGUUUCAUCUUCUCGGACAACAACCGCCCUCUGACCCCCAAGGAGAACAUCUUCAGCGACACCACGAACGAGCUGCAGACCUUCCCUGCAAACCGCCACCCGGAUAAUCUCAACAACUACGUCUUCCAAGGGCCGCACCCCCUCACGCUGCACGAGUCCAACCCGAACACGGUGGAGGUGGCCAUGGCGGCCGAGGCCAAGGAGAACUCCCGCCCGAGGCAGCUGUGGAGGAAAUCGCUGGAAUCUCUGCGCCAAGACUCCCUCCGGCAGAGUCACGGUUCUCAGAGGGACGAUGGCACGGGGGAAAGCCGGCGGCACUCCCUGAAAGGCCCCAGGUACCUCCCUGAAGACGUCCACUCGGAUGUCUCCGACUCCUCCAGCAGAGCCACCGGCCACGCUGACGGGGAGAGCAACAGCAAACCCCACAAGACCAAGGACAACGCGAAGAAGAGGCCUGCGUCGAAGUAUCCCAAGGAUUGCAGCGAGGUGGAGCUGACCUAUCUGAAGAGCAAGCAGUCUUUACCCCGGGACAAAAUCUACAUCAUUGAGGCAGACAAAGAACACAGUUUCCACCUCGAUGUUUCCCCAGAGUACGUGGAGAACAUUAUCCUUCCUGAGUCGGCUGACUUUUCCAACCUUUAUCAGGAUCGCAAUGACAGCUACCGGGCCCCCGAGCAGAGCAACCAGAUCCCCUUGACCAACGAGGAAAGUCUUCCAAGCAAUGGCCAGUACAAGCUCUACCCAAAGCACUACGGCACGAAAGAUAAAAACGUGGCCUACGGCGAAGCGAACGAGCGAUACCGGCAGAAGGCCACGCACUGCCGGAGCUGCCUGACCAGCCUGCCUAGUUACGCGGGGCACUACUUGAGCCGCUCACCCUACCGGUGCGGCGCCUGUGUGCGGAUGGGUAGUCUCUAUGACAUCGAGGAGGGCCAGAUGCUGCAGAGCCCUGCCAACUCCGGGCCCCGGGAAGAACUGUGCCAGCAGGACUGGGCCCAGGAGGAGAAGAGCCAGCCACCCCGGAAGAGCAAGCUGCAAAUCAGCAGGCAGCGUUCAUUUGACAACCUCUUCAGCAAGCAUCGGGAGGGCAACGGGGGCAGAACGGCCCGCAGCAUCAGCCUGAAGGAGAAGGAGAGGCUUCUGGAAGGGGGCCCCUACGCCACCCUCUUCAGGGCUCCCCAAAGCAAACACUCAAGCAGCAAGCUCCCCCUCUUCUCACGCACGUUGGACGAUGGUAAGAGGAUCAAGUCGCUGUACCUGGAGUGCUCGGCGGAAAACCCUUUUCUGCGUUCUUACUGUGACGACCAGCACUUGGUCCUGCCGUCGAGUCCCGCCGGCCUGCACAGACAGCCGGCCUAUGACAGCGUCUCCAGGUCAUCGGUCAAAUCGGCGGCCUCGUACUUUUCCAGAGAUGGCCGGGUCCACAACGACGCGUGCGUUUCGGAGCACGGGAUGCCUUACGUGGCCACUCAGAACAGCCUGUACUCUGCUCCACGAGGGUUAAACUCCUGCAGCGACAGACGGGUCUAUAAGAAGAUCCCCAGCCUGGAGUCGGACGUGUAGCCCUGACCUCUAGGGGGACGUAGUUGCCAGAGGCCAAAAGGGGCAGCCCUUAGCAGAGCGUUGGAGGAGGGGGAAGAGACCAGUUGCCUUGCGUAGAUCCCAUUCCCAUGUGCUCAGUUCCACUAGAAAGAAGGAGCAGGAAGAGGCCGUGGGAAGGGAGAGCCCACUCCCCAGGGGCCACUGCACGGACUACACUAUCCAUAGUUCUGUCUCCCCCCUCCCCCCGUCAAUUAAGUUUGGUGAAAAAUCUCUUCUGCUCCAAGUAGAGUUCCAAUUCUUGAUCCAAAGGAAUAGCCAUGCAAAGGAAGGCCGAUCUGUAGAGCAGAUUUGCCCCCUCCCCCACCACAGGGAUGGUUGAAAGCAGGAUGCGAGUGGCCAUCGUGGCUGGUCACUGCAUUGGGAAAAAGCUGCACCCCCGGUUGGCAACUACCUUGUUUUUCUCCCAGGAUGGUCCUUUUGCCCCAUUGGUUGGACUCCGUCCUCCUAGCACUUUCGCCCUCUGUAAUUCUGCCCUCCCAAAAUUUUAUUUUUUAACAGAGAAUAAGCAAUAUGGUAUGCAUGUACUUUGACACAGAACAAAAGCUAAACAAAACAAAAAGCAAGUUUAAGAAUGCGUUUGCACACUUACCGUGGUAAGACUCAUCCAAGAGAUUAGAAAGAUAGUCCUUUUUUAAACAAACAACUAUAUAUCGCUAUAGCUCUAUGAUUUAGCCUCAUAUUUAUUUUUAAACACAGACAAAAGAAAGCAAAAAAAACAAAAACAAACAAAAACAAACAAAAACAAAAAACAAACCUCAGGGCCCAUGAAUGGAAUCAAUAUUGUCUUCAUCUGUCUCUGUCUUGCAGAGAACCAGCUGCAAUUCACCCUGGACUCCUCUUCCUCCUCCUCCUCCAGAUCUCAUGGCAAGGAAAGGCACUGCUGAGGUGGGUCACUGGCUCCACGCUGGGCCUUCAGCCAGGAAGAGGGGUCUGGGGGCUUGUCUCAGGAAAGGAGGGCCAGUGACCCCCUCCUGCUCCCGGCUAAGAGAGAGGUCCUGUAGUGGCCGGGUGCCCUGGGAGAGGCCUGUGGGGUCUUCUUGGACUAGCUGCCAAUCUGGAGAAGGCCCUGGGCCUAGGCAUCCAGAGCCCAGACAGGAACCAGAUGCAGGAAGGUCUCUGUGGCAGAGAUGAUCCCGGUGGAGGGUCUGGAAGCCUGGGAUUUAGUAGAGCCAAUUGGGUAGGCCCCCAAAUUAGCACGUGAGGCCCCCCCCCCGUCGGUUGAGACAACCCUUGUUCUUUUGGGUGAUACUAAGCGUUGGUUUGCACAUUUCUGUCCCCACAACUUCCUUCUUCCUGAUCCUGCGUGUUUGGUGUUACACAGGAGGUCCAGGACUUUCCUUGGCAAGGAAGAGAAUGGGAUAGCCUUUGUCCGGUUGGAUCCUCUGGGUGAUGUUGUGGCAUCAGGGCAGUGGAAAGGGCCCGGGGGCUUUUGAGGUGGGAGUUGGGGAUGAAGGUAGCUGUCGGCCAGGGAGCCUUGUCCCAAUUGCUGCACUGGGGUCUGAGGCUCAUCAAGCGAGAGGAGCCAUUUCUGGGAGGUUGUCCUCUGAUGGUGGAAGUCCUGGCCUUUUGCUCCAGUUCUUGAGAAGACGGACAUUGUUUGCACUUUAGGAACAGACCCGGAUAAGAAGGAAGCCAGGGCUGCUGUUACGGGAAUCAGCGCUUGCGUCUCAAAGGGAUCUUGUUGCUUUGGGAAUGAUCAGAGUAGAUCCCAAGAUGGUCACAGCGUCUAGGGAAAACUCUUCCCUCGAGUGGAAGGCCAUAUUUCCAAGGAAAAGCAGUGGGAUCGGGGACUGAGUGGUUUGGGGGCUUUGCAACCCCUGCUUGUAAAUAAUGGAGCUUCAACCUCCAGCCCCUGCAGGACCAACCUUGUCAUGUCUGGAGACACCCCUGGUCCCUCUUCUUUCUCUGGUGAGACAAAUGCGGAGCAGAAACCCAAAACAAGAGGAGGUGCUGGAAUCCUCGUUGGCCCAAGGGGUUGGACCUGUUGGAUGUUGGUUUCUGUGCCCCAUCGCUUUUGUUUUAUUUCACAGCUCAUUCUGUAGCCGAAUUAGGUGGUUGGAACUGCGCUGCCCAACUUCCCACCUAGCAGCUCUUCAUCCCUGUGGAAGGAGAGCAUUUUUCAGUUUUGGUGCAGGGGGCAGAUACGUCUGCACAGCACGUAGACCUCAUAAUCUAACUCCACCCCCAAGGUUUUCAUGUGUUUGCACCUCAAUGGUGGUAUCUCAGGGCUUAAUAGUAUCUGUCUUCUUGUCUCCUCACCUUGAUUCAAAAUACACACAGACAGGCACUUCCAUUAAAACAGCCGCAAUUUAUAAUGGUGGGGGAAUUCCACCUUGACUGCCCACUUCUUAAUAUCCAAGGCCAACAGUCAUGUGUAUGGAACGGACUUCAUCUAGCUUGGGAGAAGCUCUGUCAUAAUGACUUACUUUGUUUUCAGAAUAUCACAAUCAUCUGUAUGUUUGGAACCGUCGUCGAUUUCUCUAAACAAGUUUAUUUUAAAUAUGUAAUAUAUGCACCUAACUUGCAUAACCUUGGAGUAGCAAGGAGAACAUCACCCAAGUCUUCCUAAAUUAGGGACCCGCUCCAGGUUUGGUCUAGGGGUGAAUUUACACACUUGCGUUCAAGGCAACCUUAUAAAACCUGCACUGUGAAUACAUGUCAGUUCAACACGAAAAGCAGGAAGAGAAACGCAAACAAAAUCUAAAGGUUUCAGGUCUCCAUUGGCCAUCCUGCUCCAGCUUCAGUUGCAGGCUAGGGGAUUCUGGAAACAGAGGAGAGGGGUGAGGUUGGGCUCCACAGCCUGUUUGAGAACCGCCAGGGAAGGGUCCCAAUCCACUGCUUUUCAGCAUCGCUGCUGAAGAGACGGGCCCAGCAGGAGUCUCCUGCUUGAGCAGAGGGUUGGACUAGAAGACCUUCAAGGUCCCUUCCAACUCUCUUAUUCUGAGUCUCUCGCUAGAGGCAGCCUCGGGUCCCCUGGUGACCUCUUGACUUUUAAGAAUCGGUUAGUCCUCCUGGACACGUGGCCUUCAGCUGGCUUUCUCUUCAAGGAAGGUCAGCAUUUCGCUGAAGAACAUUAUUCUAUAGAUUUAUUUAUUUAUUUACCAAAUUUAUAUGGCCGCCCAUCUCAUGGAAAGUGUCUCUAGGCGGCGUACAACAGAUAGAUCAUCUCAGGGUUGAAACGAAGAAAUGGAAGAUUGGGAAGCUGCAAGUUUUCAUGUAGAAACUUCUGCAGUUCCGGAAAGCCAUGUUUACAUGUUGUUCUCUCUUGGGGGUGGGGCUGGUGAGAGGAAUGAGGUGACCCCCCCUUGGGCGAGGCAGGCCCACCGCCCUUUCCCAGGCUCCUGAUUUGGGAGGUUUCAUCAUGUCAACUGUCCCUCCUCCCUCCAGCUACCUAAACUCUUGUAGGUAGAAUCUCUGCUGGUGAAGCCGCGGUUGUGUAUUCCGUCUACAUUUCAGUUCUUAAGAAAGAAUCCAUGUAGGGCCCGCGGCAGAGAUGAAGCAGAACCUCCCUGAUUCGUUCGCUAAACAUUUCUGUCAAGAUCUCCAAAAUGUUCCUGGGUGGCAGGAUCUCCUCGGUCCUGAAUCUUCAGCGAACAGGUCUUUUCAAAGAGAAAUCUCCGGGAGGGGUUCAGAAAGAAAAACUGCGCCCAGAUCCUAUGUUGGUCUGCUGAAAACACAGCUGGUCGGCUCAGCCAAGCAUCUGCCUUUUAAAAAUCCAAUAAAUCUUCUAUUAGAUAGUUGUAAUAUCCUCCCCCCCUCCACACACACCAAAGUUUCUUUCUAGCGCUGUUUACUGUUGCAUCCUUGAGAGAAUAAUUCCUCAGAGGUUCAAGUGUUUGGAUGUCAAAUUGGUACAUCGCACUACACGGGCAGAGAAAUCUCUAGCUGGCUCUGGUAAAUAGAGCAUUUUGCAGAUAAAGUGAGAAGUGCACAUAACAACUCUCCCCCCCCACCCCGCAAAAAAAAAAGAAAAGAUUUGGGUAACUUAAUUUUUCAAUGCUCCAAAUGAAUGCAAGCCCAAGUUUGCUAGGGAGUCAAUUGUGACCCCAAAAUGCGACCCUCCCCCACAACCCAAAGGAGAAAAUCUCUCCUAGGCAGAAUAGCCUAACUCUUCACACACAAUACUCUUGGUUGUACAUGUACUGCUAAGUGCAUUUGAAAUACAAUUAAGGGGGGGGGACCACAAUGCUUGGGAAUUGGCAUCUAUCAAGCCACCCUCCUCAGCUGCCACCCACCAGAUGUGUGAGGCCUGGAGCUCUGCAAAUGCUAGGGGUCAAUUCCUUGCACAUCUGGGGAGGGGCUGAAGAGAUUACAGAAGAGUUUGUCAUUUUGGAAUACAAUUUGCAUAGUGUGUAUAUGAUGGUGAAAAACCAGAUCACAAAGAACUGAAUGGGAAGCUGGCCAAUUCACCAUUUCAUGUAUAAACGUAUGGUUGGGUCAAUUUAACACAACGCCACCACAUUACAACAAUUUCAGUGCUGAGUUUUUUUCUGUUAAUAUUUGAAGGACAUGAACUUCUGAGCAAUCUCUUUUGCACCUGCCAAGUGGGUUCUUCCAUGAGGUGCCCUCCCGAAUUGAUACACUCAUCAAUAACCAAUUCAUCCCCAUGACAUCCAAGUUGACCCAUUGAGUUCUUUUGCGAUUCUGUCCUACACACCUUCUAAAUUGUAUUAAAUAGAUAUGAAGACUCACUCCUGUGACUCGUUCUGUUUCAAUCUCUUUGGACCCAUGGGUUCUGAUGCAUUUCUGUCCUUUGGAGCCCAUCGUAAUCUUUAUCAGGGCUUCUGGAGAUGCUUGCCCUACAGCUUGUUCUGAGGAAGCAUUGAGCAGGCACGUCUCCUGGUGAGCAUCCUUGUACGAUAUUCAUGUAUCCAAGCACCUGCUUGUUGCAUUCAUGUAUUAUGCAUUUUAGAUGUACAUGCACACCAAUGUAGGUGUUUAAAUACACAGGAAGUCUUUACUGGAGUCACUUUACUAAAAGCCAGAAUUGAUACGGCAGUCCUAUCCCUGGAGGCCACCUGGAAGGAUCCAUUACAUGUCCAAAUCAAUACUCGGUAUUGAUGUCAUCCAGCAGCUAACCUACAUUGUGUGAGUUGGCUAUCAGAAGUGGAUCAUAAGCAUUUUCAGCACACAAAGCAACAGUUAUAGGUUUUAAAACUCAACCAUUUUAAAAUAUGCACCCACACUCAAAGGCUCAUGAAUGAACAAUCUGUCCAUCCACAAUUGUAGAUGUCUUUAAAAAUCUUACAUCGAUAGUUGGAUCUGCUGGUCUAAAACAGAUACAGGAUUCAGGUAAAAUUUUGUUCGUUUGUUUCUCUGUUCUGUACACUCAACGGCAGUUUUAUCUUCAUCUGCAUAUUUAAACCCAAAUGCAUGACUAAGCACUUAAUACUGUAUAAAUAAUAUUUUGAGACAUAUCUACAAAAACAAACCCACAAAUGUUUGCUUUAAACUUUUGUUGAUAGAAAAAAGUAUAUAAUGACUACUAUUGUCUUCAAAUUGUAUUGUAUUUUUCAUUUUUGUUAAUGAUGAUGAAGAGAAGAGGAAAAAGAGAGAGAAUGAGAGAAAGAUGCUAAGGGAGUGAUGGAACUGAGUGUUUGCCUAUGUUGAAAUGUACAUACCUGUCAGAGAAAACACGUGCCAAGUAUAACAAAAUGUACAAAAUGUAAAUACAUGAAAAAUUUCAUUUUUCUAAUAA